GUGACGGUCAGCGGUAAACUUAAAAUAGAUGAUCAAUAGUUUCCGAUGGUUCCUUCUCUGUGGUCACAUCGCGGUGCGUGCAUUAUCUGUGUGUUUAUUUUGUUCUGAUCUCAUCUUCGACGAAUCCGUUGACGGGUUGGACCGGUUUUUCGGAGCUUGUUGUUCGGUGCUCAGCAUUCAGAAUGAGGCAAGCAUUGGUGUCGUUCUGUGUGAUCGCCCUCAUCGUGACAACGAUUUCUGCUGAAGACGGUGAUCUAGACGAUCUCAUCAAUAGUUUAUUCACCAAAGCACCACAGGAUGUUGGCUCUAGUGUGAGCAGCACACCACCACCUGCCCCACCCGUAGGAUCAAUGUCAUCAUGCCAAAGUGGUCAACGUUGUAUUCAGAAAUACUUAUGCACGAAUGCUAGUACAACUGGGGAAGGACAAAUUGACAUCCGCUUCGACGAUGACAACCCCUGUGUAGAUUAUCUUUUACAAUGUUGCUAUGAAGAAGAUAUUAUUCAGGAGCCACCAUCACCCCCAACAACUAAGAUCCCGAUUGAUCCUGUUUUGAUUCACCCAGGUUGUGGGAAGCGUAAUGCCGAUGGAAUCGGUUUCCGUAUCACCGGACAGAAGGAUAGUGAAGCUGAGUAUGGUGAGUUCCCAUGGAUGGUAGCUGUGUUACGCCAAGAAAAUGCUCUAGACCAGGUAGUGAACGUUUACCUGUGCGGAGGAUCUUUGAUUCACCCAAAAGUUGUCCUCACGGCUGCUCACUGUUUGCACAACAGAACACCCGCUCAACUGAAAGUCCGUGCGGGAGAAUGGGAUACACAAACACGAAACGAGAUCUACCCGCAUCAGGAUCGUUCUGUGGUUGAAGCGAUUUCGCACCCCGAUUAUUACAAAGGAGGACUGUACAACGACAUCGCUCUUCUAUUCCUCGAUUCACCAUUCAAUUUGGAUGAAGGUAUUCAAACAGUUUGCCUUCCACCACAAGGAACGAAGUUCGACCAACAAAGAUGUUUAGCUUCCGGUUGGGGGAAGGAUGUGUUUGGUAAAUCGGGAACAUAUCAAGUGAUUUUGAAAAAAAUAGAACUGCCCAUUGUGACGCCAUCACAGUGUCAGACGGCACUGAGAACUACGCGAUUGGGACCGAAAUUUACACUCCAUAAAAGUUUUAUUUGUGCUGGUGGAGAGAAAGGCCGCGAUACCUGCAAGGGAGAUGGUGGAUCACCGUUGGUUUGUCCUAUACAAGGUUCUCACAUGCACUACUACCAAGCAGGAAUUGUAGCGUGGGGUAUUGGAUGUGGGGAAAAUGCAAUUCCAGGAGUGUACGCUGAUGUCUCUAACUUCCGGAAUUGGAUUGACCAACAGAUACAACAACGCCAACUGGACCCUAGCAGCUAUUCGCUAUAACAUUCCUGCAUCGUUUCUAAGCGUUGUACUAUCAAUAAACAUUCAAGUAGUGAACCUAGCGAACUGACCUCUGACUGUAAGUUAUCAAAAUAAACAAAUAAGAGCUUGCGGCGUGUAUUACA